GAAACAUGUGUAUUUGAUUAUUAUUGAUUCUUCUAUAGUUUAAUUUAAUACAAGAACUAAUUACUUUUGUGCACGGUUGACUCUCAAUGGAUAAAUGAAGAGACGCUUUGAAUAUUUUAUAAGGACCUCUUGGUUCUAACUUCUAUCCACUUCACUAUAAAUGAUACCUUUUGCUCUGUAUUGAGACUCUAAUUAAUGUUAUAGAAUCACCAUGAUUCGAGUUAGUAUUAAAAUGGCUGCUGCUGAAAUGGAUAAAGAAGAUCGAAUAAGUUAUCUGCCAAGAAAUGUUAUAGAUCGUAUCCUUGAGCUCCUGCCUGUCGAAGAUGCAGCAAGAACUAGUAUUUUGUCCACAAAAUGGAGAUAUAUUUGGGCUAUGCUCCCAAAUUUGGUGCUGGAUAAGCCGUUUUGCAAAAAAGUAGCAGCAAGAUCUGAUUGUGUCUUCAAUGCAAUAGUAGACAAGAUUCUCUUACAACAUCUUGGAGAUGUUUUGAAGUUUGAUCUUGAUGUAUCAGCAGUACAGUGUCCAGAUAUUGAUCGAUGGAUGCUUUAUGUCACCAGGAAUGGUGUCAAGAAGCUAAAGCUUAACAUGUCAAAAGAUAGUACUUUCAAAGUGCCUUCUUAUAUAUUUAAUUGUCCAACCCUGACAAAAUUGAAACUCUUUAACUGUGUCUUCAAACCACCAAAAUCUUUUCGUGGCUUUCCGAAUCUUACAACGCUUUAUCUGGAAAAAGUGACCUUUGUGUCAACAACAGAAAUUAUCAAUGUCUCCCUUGUCAAUUUGACCUUGAUGCACUGUAAUGGUACUCAAUACCUCAACAUUGUUUCAGCUGGGUUGAAGUCCUUGUACUAUUGUGAGAGUCAUUGUAAUCUUGACCUAAAUUGCUUUAUCAACUGCAAAAAGUUGACAUAUUUAUAUCUCGAGGUUCUUAAUUAUUCAACACCCGCUGAAAGAUUAACUUUGGAAAAGCUUCUUCUUAGCUUGACUACACUUGAGAAGCUUACUUUGUGUUCACAGGAACUUGAGCUUUUGAGUGCAGGUGCAGUUCCAAAAGGGCUUCCUUUUACGCUCAACUGCUUGUGGCACCUACAUUUAGGUGUAGACUUAGGCCAAAUCGGUCAGACUUAUUAUGCUCUCGAGUUGAUUAAAAGUUUCCCCAAUUUGAGUAAACUUGAGAUUUGGGUCCAGGGUAGGGAUGACAUUGUUGAAGCAGAUUUGAAAUAUAUAGACGCACAAACCUGCUUGGACCGACCGCUCAACAAGCUCAAAGAUGUCACUAUGCAUUAUUUUGUGGGUUCAAAAGCUGAACUGUUUUUCAUAAAGCUAUUGCUUGCUCGUACUCCAUCUUUGGAAAGGAUGAGUAUCGAGCCUGCUGGUUCUCUGGAAGAGUGGAAUAUUGCCAUAGAAUUGAUGCGCUUUCCUAGAGCAUCUCCCAAGGCAGAGCUAUGGUAUUUGACAAAUGUAGAUUAGAAUUUUAAGUCGGUUGAUUUGUGAUUUGAGGCUAUAAAGGCAUGAUGCUGUAUGUUCUCAGCGUGUUCCCUUAAUUACUUUGAUAAACUUGUUCUUAAAUAGAUGUUUUGAAACUUCAGUCUUUACUGAUGUGUGAUAAGAUUAGCUGUCCCUUUGCAA